AUGUCCGGUGCUGGUGCCUGUCCAAAGAGCCUGGUGGAAGCCUAUGGCAAGGACCCGUCACAUGUUGCGACAUCGAUGGACAAGCCCACGGAGCGACGAAAAGGCACCAAGAAAUCGAAGCAACGAGUAUCGGAUGAGGAGCAUCUCAUCUCAAUGCUUGAGCGCUUGUCCUUGGAGCUGAGCACGUCGCGAGGGACGCGCAUCGGUCGUUGCCCAUUCUGCAACUGCUGCAAGAAGUACGUGGCUCGGCAGCGAUCAAAGUCCAAGGACAAGGUCGGCCCGAAGGGUCGCUCCAAGUCUUGUGGCGGGCUCGUCAGCGACCGAGAACGAGCAGAGCUUCCGGUCGAUCAUCGACCUAAAAUUCGCGUCUCGGAGCCUCUCCCAAGCAAAGUGCCAAAGCCGGGCAAAGAGAAGAAAUCCGGGGCAGACGGUCAGAAGCCACUGGGCAGACCCCGACUUCGGCGCAGAGGGCUGGGUGGUCUUGAAGACAAGACUCCAAGCCCGCGACCCCCUCGUGCAAGAAGUGCCGGACGAGCUCCGAUGAUCAACACUGCGCCACAGCUAAGCGUGGAGGCACGGUCCAGGAGAAGGGCCACCUCAGCUAGCAGACUCUCCGCCCAGAGGGCGCCGGCCCGGGCAUCAUCAGAGAGUCGAUUGCGUGGUCCAUCUGCGGCUGAGGGCCUGGCAGACAGUGUAAGAGGUUCGAAAGGACGGAGAGCUCCGCGGAAUUUGCUUGCGGAGCUGUACCGCCCCGAUCAAGACAGUCACGAGAUGCAAAGACGGCGGGGCAUCAAUGCUCAGCAAGAGCCUUCUACGUUGCCAGGCCCAGCUGCGAGGGCUCCCAGGUUCGGAUACCAGGAAGCUGCGCAAUUCUGGGAGCCAGUGGCUACUGAGCCCACUACUCAGGGCGCUGCAAGGUUCAAUGGAGGCUUUGCACCACCUCCACGGAUUCAUGUUCCAACGCUGCAGACGGCCGGCAACCGUUCACCAGCAAGGGUGCACCAGGCAGACUUGGACACACAUCUUCAGCCGGAGCGACGAGAUUUUGACGGAGCUUCACCCGGGGAGAUCAUAUAUGGUCCCAGUGAUAGCCCAGGCCAGCUGGACCCAAAUUGCCGCGGCUGCGGAAGCUCCUACACAGAGGACUCCAUCUUCUGCCGCCAUUGUGGCAGCAAGCGGGCGCAGACUCGGACUGGGCACUUGGAGGCGUCUCCGAAGGCGGAGGAUUUGGACCUGGACAACGCAACCCGGCAGUUGGAGCAGUUGGUGGAGGAGACACAUCGGGCCCUGCGAGCGGGAACCCACAAUCAGGAUGCAUCGCUGAGCGAGGGCUCCCAGGCAGCCCCUUCCUUGGAUGCGGUGGAUCGGGCAUUGGAAGAGCUUCAGAGAGGUCUUCUCGAGAUCGCAGCCAAGGCUGUGCCAAGGCGGCAUCUCCUGGUGUCCAUUCCUUUUUUUGGCAUGGUCCACCUGUACACGCAGAGGACGAUCUGGGAAAGGGAGGUUACAGCAGCUGGCGGUUGCCUGGCAAAUUCCCCGUCUUCGGCCACCCACAUGGUCAUCACUCCAGAAGUCACUGCCGUCCGCCUAGGGGCAUGGGCCAGCAAAACUAUGCAAGGCAAGGGCGAAGGUGACAGCAAAGAUCCUUUGUCUGUUCUACGCGCUUUUGCCGAGUCUCUGAAGUCAGUCUGGGUUUACAGCGAUUGGCUCGUCACUUGCCUGGCCAAGCAGAGCCGUGUCUCAGAAGAAGCUUUCGCUUGGUCCCGACAUGCAUCGGAGAAGGGGGAGCAUGGUCACGAUCCGGUUUCCGUUCAAGAAUGUAGAGUUGUAGAUGCAACCCCGCCCACUGUGGGUAAACCACUUGCAGGGCAGGGGUCUACGCCGUCUACGCCGGCUCGAAGUCCGGCACCUACACAGGGGGAAUCUGAUUCGGAAGUUGAAGAGGUCCUUCCCAAACUUGGAGUCUUUGGCGGAGAGAUGACUCCAAAGCGAGCCUACUUGAUCCGCAACCGUGACAAGUUUGCGUGCCAGCGUGGUGGUGGGAAUUCGCCCGAAAAAAGCACGACUGGCUCUCCACCGAAGCCCCGCAAUGCCGAGCUCGUGGCCAUGUUCAACCGUCUGCAGCAGCAUUACGAGUCAUUGGGCGAUGGAUGGCGUGAAAGAUCUUAUCGGCUGACAGCGAGCGUUCUGCGCAGCCUGUCCUUCGAGGUGGGAUCGGAAGCAGACCUGGAUCGACCGGAGCUGAAGCGACUAGGCUUGCAGACGGACGAGGUCGCAAAAGCCUUAGGAGUGUUUCUUGAGUACCACCCCAGAUCUCGAAACUAUGCUAGGAUCGGUCUGCACUUCUUUGAAGAGUUCUCGCAGCGCAUUCCGCGGACAGAGGUAGAAGAAAUCGUUGCAGUUGUUCGAGCAGCUGUCAGUCAGCGAUUUGGUGGCCAUUUGCGCAUGGAAGCUUGCGGAUCUUUCCGUCGUGGGAAGACGAGCUGUGGAGAUGUUGACCUGCUGCUUUGUGCUCGCAAUGCUAGAGACGAGCAUUCCCUUGGCUCUAUGCAUGACAUCUUGGCAGGUCUCGUGGCAGAUCUCCGUGGGCAGAGCUUCAUUACCCAUGAUCUGAAAGGUGGGAAUCCAAACCAUGGCCGCCAAACCGGCAAUGGCCAGGAUGGUAUCGAGGGCGAAGAGCUGCGAAGUUCUUCUGCUGCAACCUAUUUUGGCGUUUGCCGGUUGCCUCGUGCCGGAAGCCUGCACCGACGAAUUGACAUCAAAGUCUACCCUGUGCUGGAAUUUCCAUUUGCCCUCCUUUCCUUCACAGGAUCUGGCCCUUUCAACCGGUCCAUGAGAUUAUUUGCGAGACGAGCGGGGUUCAGCUUGUCAGAUCACAGCAUCUGCCGGGCAACACAUGCCCGGGGAGCUGGUCGUGGUGAGCGUAUUUGGACCGGACCUCCCAUUGCAGCCGCUCGCUUCUCGUCAGAGGGCGAUAUUUUCGAGUUUCUUGGACUUGCAUACCGGGAGCCAUGGCAGCGUGAGGUGGACGCAUCGUGGCUAGCCGAAACUGGCACUGAUAAAGCAGCGGGAAACGAGACCACACAGCAUUCUAGCCAACUCUCACUGUCGCUCCCCACACCAGUCGAGGAGCGCGAGCCCGCAAAGCGGGGUUUCUCAGCAGAUGUGCAAAGCCUCUCAGACUCGGAUGAAGAAAUUUGGAACUCCUUGCUGGCCAUGAAAAUUUUCGACAAAUUCGGCCUGUGGAGAUCGAUCGCUAUCGUGCUCAGCUUCGAUGACACGGACUUCCAGAGGUUGGUGCUCAACGAGAAAGCUGCAGCUGAACAGCCCGAUAGCAGGACCCUGGCUCGGGCGUCGGCCGAUGCUGAAAAAGGGGACGCGAAAAUUGUCGCCAGCAUAUCCAGCAGUGGAGGCGAGAGCAGUGACGACGAGCAUCGUUAUUGGUGCAGGGCGUGA